GGAGAGCUCUGUUUAGAAACUAAGCAAAGGUAACGCCUAAAUUUAAAAUUUUAAAUGAUGCAUGAAGUUGUGAAUCAUUUGAGAGUUCAAAGAUGGUUAAUUCUUGGUUACAACUCUCAAAGCCAUUAAGGAAGUUGCAGCAGAGCAUACAGAAGGAAGCUCAAUCCUUGACGAAAGAGCUAGAAGCUUCCAAGUGGAAGCAAUGGCUCUGGCCGUGCUGCAGUUCUUCAAUUUCUUAGAAUCAUUUCUAAACACCUACGUUUGGAGCCCUGCAUUGGGGUUUUGGAAUUGGAAUCAGAGAAAAUCAAAUUUAAAUUUUGAACUAAUUUUUUUUCAAUUCCAAAUUCAAAGUUUCCAUUCGAUUUUAUAUUAUUCGUACUCUCAACCAUAUCUAUGUCAAUAGUUUUUAUAUGGUGUCUUAUAUGUAUCUCAUAUUAGUCUUCCAUAGAUUAUAAGAUUUUAGUAUGUUGACCUAUGUUUCCUCUUGGUGCAGGUUGUCCUAGAAUUGCAGGGGAUGAUGACGAAAACUAUGAUGCAGAUGAUUUUGAGGAUGAAUUUCAGAUCAAGAACAACCAUGAUACCCCAGAUCGGCAGCAAGUCACUAAUCAUUCGGAAAAUGGGGACUAUAAUCCACAGCAAUGGCACAACAACAACCCGGCUUUCUCUUCCUUUGGAGCAAAUAUUGUUGGUAAUGAUUUUGCUGGUGAGAAGGAGGCUUACACUGACGCUGAAUGGAAAGAGAGAGUAGAAAAAUGGAAAACCAGGCAAGAAAAGAGAGGCCUGCUGAGCAAAGAUGAUGGAGAAAAUAAUGAUCAAGGUGAUGAAGAUGAGUACCAGCUGAUGGCCGAAGCUCGCCACCCCAUGUGGCGAAAACUCCCCAUCUCAUCGAGCCUUAUCAACCCAUAUCGCUUAGUCAUUGUCUUGCGGCUCAUCAUUCUCGCCUUCUUCUUCCAUUUUCGCAUCUUAAACCCGGCAAAUGAUGCUUACCCUUUAUGGCUAAUCUCUGUAAUAUGUGAGUUAUGGUUCAGCUUUUCUUGGAUGCUUGAUCAGUUCCCCAAAUGGUUUCCUAUCCAACGUGAAACCUACCUGGAUCGCCUGUCCAUGAGGUUUGAGCGUGAGGGUGAGCCCAACAAGUUGGCCCCAGUUGAUGUCUUUGUGAGUACUGUUGACCCUCUCAAGGAGCCUCCAAUUAUGACGGCAAACACGGUCUUGUCAAUCUUGUCUGUGGAUUAUCCAAUUGAGAAGGUGAGUUGUUAUGUAUCGGAUGAUGGUGCAUCAAUGCUACUUUUCGAUACUCUGUCAGAAACUUCAGAGUUUGCAAGAAGAUGGGUUCCUUUUUGCAAGAAGUACAACAUCGAGCCAAGGGCUCCUGAGUCCUACUUUUCGCAGAAGAUUGACUACUUGAAGGAUAAGGUGCAGCCCACCUUUGUCAAGGAUCGCAGAGCCAUGAAAAGAGAAUAUGAAGAAUUCAAAGUGAGGAUUAAUGCAUUGGUGGCAAAGGCUCAGAUGAAACCAGAUGAAGGAUGGGUCAUGCAAGAUGGGACCCCUUGGCCUGGGAACAACACUAAUGAUCAUCCUGGCAUGAUUCAGGUUUAUCUAGGGAGUGCUGGUGCAUUCGAUGUGGAAGGUAAGGAGUUGCCACGGCUUGUCUAUAUUUCGCGUGAGAAAAGGCCCGGCUAUCAACACCACAAGAAAGCUGGUGCAAUGAAUGCCAUGGUCCGAGUCUCGGCAGUGCUCACCAAUGCACCCUUCAUGUUGAAUUUGGAUUGUGAUCACUAUAUCAACAACAGCAAGGCCAUAAGGGAAGCUAUGUGCUAUUUGAUGGAUCCCCAGCUAGGGAAGAAGCUCUGCUUUGUCCAGUUUCCUCAGAGGUUCGAUGGUGUUGAUAAUCACGAUAGAUAUGCUAAUCACAAUGUUGUGUUCUACGAUGUCCACAUGAAAGGCCUUGAUGGGAUCCAAGGACCAGUAUCUGUUGGCACCGGAUGCGUCUUCAACCGGCAGGCAAUGUAUGGCUAUGAUCCCCCGGUAUCUGAGAAGCUCCCGAAGAUGAUUUGUGACUGCUUGCCUACAUGGUGCUGCUGUUGCUGUGGUGGUUCAAGGAAGUCAAAAUCAAAGAAGAAAGGAGUGAGAGCUUUGUUAGGCCUUGGAGGAGCGUACAGCAAGAAGAAGAAAAUGACAGGCAAGAAUAAUUACUCUAGAAAGCCAUCUGGACCUGUCUUUGAUCUUGAAGAGAUAGAAGAAGGGCUUGAAGGCUAUGACGAAUUCGAGAAAUCAUCGCUCAUGUCUCAAAAGAACUUUGAGAAACGGUUUGGGCAGUCACCGGUGUUUAUUGCUUCCAGUUUGAUGGAAGAUGGUGGUCUUCCAGAAGGGUUUAAAUCUACUUCACUGAUUAAAGAAGCCAUUCAUGUUAUUAGCUGUGGUUAUGAAGAAAAAACUGGAUGGGGCAAAGAGUUUGGAUGGAUGUAUGGUUCAGUCACAGAGGACAUUUUGACCGGGUUCAAGAUGCAUUGUAGAGGGUGGAAGUCAGUGUACUGUAUGCCAAAGAGAUCGGCAUUUAAGGGAUCAGCGCCAAUUAAUCUGUCAGAUCGAUUGCAUCAAGUUAUGCGAUGGGCUCUUGGUUCUGUUGAAAUCUUCUUUAGUUGUCACUGCCCGCUUUGGUAUGGCUACGGAGGAAAGUUGAAAUGGCUAGAGAGGAUAUCUUACACUCACAUCAUUGUUUACCCAUUCACUUCAAUUCCUUUGCUUGCCUAUUGCACAAUUCCUGCAGCCUGUCUUCUGUCCGGAAAAUUCAUAUUCCCUACACUGAUCAACUCUUCUAGCAUAUGGCUUAUGGCUCUUUUCAUCUCCAUCAUAGUUACGGGUGUGCUAGAGAUUCGAUGGAGCGGUGUUAGCAUCCAUGACUGGUGGCGCAACGAGCAAUUUUGGGCCAUUAGUGGAGUCUCAGCACAUCUUUUUGCUGUCUUCCAAGGCCUCCUGAAGGUCCUUGGCGGAAUUAACACAAAAUUUACUGUAACAGCAAAAGCAGCAGAUGAUGCCGAGUUUGGGGAGCUCUAUCUCUUCAAAUGGACCACAGUUCUUAUCCCACCAACCACUCUAAUUAUCUUGACUAUAGUUGCUGUUAUAGCUGGAGUUUCUGGUGAAAUUAGCAAUGGGGAUAGCACGUCAGGUCCUUUAUUCGGGAAGCUACUCUUCGCCUUUUGGGUCAUUGUUCAUCUCUAUCCUUUCCUCAAGGGUUUGAUGGGAAGACAAGACAGAACUCCUACAAUUAUUGUCCUUUGGUCUAUUCUUCUGGCUUCAAUCUUCUCAUUGCUUUGGGUCAGAAUCGAUCCUUUCUUGCCGAAGCAAACAGGGCCAAUUCUUAAACCAUGCGGGGUGGAGUGUUAGGAGUGCCCUUAAUUUCCCUUCCUACAGUUUUCUUUUAUUGUCUACUACUUCUGCUGGGUUGUUUCUUCAGCUUUCAUCAGACAUUCACAGAGAUCAAUGUUUAUAUACAUGGUUCAUAGGAGACAUUUUGCUUGUAUUUGCUAGCAAUGCAUGAAAGGUCUGAUGAGAUGUGUAAAUUUGAUCAAUACAUGAAAGAUAUGUGAUGUUUCACUUUGC